AUGAAAAGCAUAACAAUGGAUGCUUUUAACCAUUCUUCCAUUCUGUCUUUGAUCCUAAUUUUAUCACUUUCAAGCAUCCAAAUGAGCCUUGGAGCUCGUAACCUACUACAAACUUCAGCACCAACACUGCCUACGAUUCCUUCUCUUCCUAAGCCUUCAUUGCCUCCACUGCCAGCAAUGCCAACCCUGCCAACAGUCCCGACUCUGGGGAAGCCCACGUUGCCGCCUUUGCCUUCCACUCAGAUUCCAUCGCUGCCCACCAUGCCCACCGUUCCCAAGGUGUCGCUGCCUCCUCUGCCGGCAACUUCACUGCCCACCAUCCCUUCAAUUCCUACCAUUCCUAUAACAAUCCCUUCGAUUCCUUUUCUCUCUCCACCACCAUCAACCACUAGCCCUUGAGAUGCCAACAUUCCAUUCACACCAUUGAUUUUUUUUUUUUCCUGAGCCAUUGUCAUGGUUUAUAUAUUACUACUAGCUGUGUGUCGUCUGAUUGUGUGUUGAGACUUGAGAGUCUUGGCAUACUAUGGAACCCACGGUCAUGGUUUUAUGUUUAUAGCAUCUAUAUUUCGUCAGGAAUGCGUUUUGCAUUAUAUUAUUCUUUUUGCUGGGUGGGUGUGUG